AUGUCGCCAGCAGCGACUAGUUCUGCAUCUGCGGGACCAAACUGGGGCGUGUUGCUUCCCUUGGAGAUACACAUCCCAGACGACGCCAUCGAAGAAUUAAAGACUCUAAUCCGGUGCUCCAAAAUUGCUGGUCCAACAUACGAGAAUUCCUUCCAGGGCGGCACCUUUGGGGUGUCUCGACAGUGGCUUCUGGAGGCGAAGAGAAAAUGGGAGGAUUUCGACUGGUUUGUCAAAUCGGGACGCUCACCAGUGUCUGGAACGGUUCUCGGCACUAACUGUGGACUGCACGUGCUGGCGCACGACAGCUGCAGCACCGUCCAUUUCUGUGGACUAUUCUCAAACAAGCCGGAUGCAAUCCCACUGUUGUUGCUGCACGGGUGGCCAGGGAGCUUUCUUGAAUUUCUUCCCAUUUUGGCCCUGCUACAAAGCAAGUAUACCCCUGACACUCUCCCAUACCAUGUAAUCGUGCCAUCCCUGCCUGGGUACGGCUUUUCAUCACGUCCUCCUCUCGAUCGAGACUUCACUUUGCUGGAGGCCGCAGAGCUGUUGCAUUCCUUGAUGGAGGAGCUUGGAUUCGGCUCCGGAUACAUUGCCCAAGGAGGCGAUGUCGGGAGUAAGAUUGCAAGAAUCCUAGCAAAGAGGUAUGAAGGUUGCAAAGUAAACUUUUGCGCAAUGAACGAACCCGCUCAGCUGAAAGGUUCCACGCAAUUGACUGAAACGGAACGAGAGGGUCUGGAGCGCAUGGCUGUUUUCAACAAUUCUGGGCGAGGAUAUGCCGUUACUCAUGCUACAAGACCCAGCACGAUCGCCCUAGUCCUUACGAGCAAUCCCUUGGCAAUGCUGGCGUGGAUCGGUGAGAAAUUUCUCGAAUGGUCAGGAGAGGAUAUUCCGAUCGAUACGAUAUUGGAGUCAGUCACACUCUACUGGCUGACGGAGACUCUACCGACAUCACUAUACACAUAUCGCGCGAGAACACAUCCCGAAAAUCCCGGGGGACAUGGGGAUCCGCGUUGGCACCUGGCGAAACCGCUCGGGUACUCGUAUUUUCCGAAAGAGGUGGCGCCGGCGCCGGUCAGCUGGGUUGCCACGACGGGCGACUUGAUAUUCUCGCGUUCGCAUUCGAAGGGGGGUCAUUUCGCAGCGACCGAAGUCCCUGAGCUGUUGUUGCAGGAUAUUGAGGAUUUCGCAACCGUGGCAUGGCCGAGGACCACCGCCUGA